ACACUGUCGCUACUAGUAACACUUCCCGCUGUCAACACAGCAUCUCUAGCUCGCAAGAUUGCCCUUAGUCAAGGUGGCCGCUGAUGCACGUCCUUGGAAUGUGACGUAUUUCAAGACGACGGUGUGCUGGAAAAAAUGCCUUUGCCCUUCACGAAUAGAGUCGCUCAGGCUUCUACAGAACCGUCUGCGCAAGUCACACGCCGAGUGGGGUUACUUCCGGCCGCAUGGACUGGAGCUACCUGUAAGUGAGGGAGUUGUGGGGAAUUUGUUGAUAUACAAACAAGCCGGCUAUCAUGAAGGUGAAGGUUCUGUGUAGGAACCCGGACGAUUAUGUGCGAGAGACCAAGAGGGACCUGCAGAGGGUUCCUCGGAACUAUGACCCAGCCCUACACCCAUUUGAAGUGUCUCGGGAAUAUACAAGAGCGUUAAAUGCCACCAAGCUGGAGCGUGUCUUUGCCAAGCCUUUUAUUGCUUCCCUGGACGGCCAUAGAGAUGGGGUUAAUUGCAUUGCUAAGCAUCCCAAGAGCUUAUCUACCGUGCUGUCAGGAGCAUGUGAUGGAGAGGUUAAGAUUUGGAAUUUGACGAAGCGAGAAUGUUCCAGAACAAUACAGGCACAUGAUGGCUUUGUGAGAGGACUUUGCGUCCGGUUCUGUGGCACCUCGUUCUUUACAGUGGGUGACGAUAAGACGGUGAAGCAAUGGACAAUGGAAAGCCCUGGUUAUGGUGAGAAAGUGGAGCCCAUACGUACAAUCCUAGGAAAGACAGUUUUCACAGGGAUCGACCAUCAUGUGAAAGAAGCUGUUUUUGCCACUUGUGGGCAGCAAGUAGACAUCUGGGAUGAACAGAGGUCCACUCCCAUGAGAUCAUAUGCAUGGGGGGUUGAUAGCAUCUCAUCAGUCAGAUUUAAUCCAAUAGAGACGCACAUUUUAUCAAGCUGCGGAACAGACAGAAGCAUUGUUCUCUAUGAUAAGCGAAAACCUACCCCACUAAAAAAGAUUAUUUUGGAAAUGAGAACAAAUGCUCUGUGUUGGAAUCCAAUGGAAGCAUUUAUUUUCACUGCAGCCAAUGAAAACUUCAACCUGUACACGUAUGACAUGCGCUAUAUGGACAGUCCGGUGAAGGUGCACAUGGAUCACGUGUCGGCUGUUCUGGAUGUUGAUUACUCCCCUACUGGAAAGGAGCUUGUGUCUGCCAGCUUUGAUAAGUCCAUCCGUAUAUUCCCUGUGCAUAGUGGCCACAGCAGGGAAGUCUAUCACACAAAGCGUAUGCAGCACGUCACCUGUGUUAAAUGGUCUGCCGACAACAAGUAUGUUCUCUGCGGCUCUGACGAAAUGAACAUUCGCAUAUGGAAAGCCAACGCAUCAGAAAAGUUGGGCGUGUUGUCACCACGAGAAAGAGCAGCACAUAACUACAACCAGAAGUUGAAGGAGAAGUUCCAGCACCACCCACAGAUCAAGAGGAUAACUCGUCACAGGCACCUACCACGCUCCAUCUACAGCCAAAUAAAGGAGCAGCAAAUCAUGAGGGAAGCUCGCCGCAAGAAGGAUGUAAAUCGUCGGAAACACAGCAAGCCGGGCUCUGUGCCAAUCCCAUCAGAGAAGAAGAAGCACGUGCUGGCUGUAGUGGAAUAGCACCAACUGCUCAUUCUGUGUUGUACCGAAUCUCUCGCAUCCUGCUACUCCUUUGGCCAAUAUAAUAUGCAUCGACGUGGCCUGGGAAACAGGACUUGACUUGUCCAGUUGGGGGGGGGGGAGUGCUAGUUUCAACAGAGUGCAUGUAUCCAGUAAAAUCUAAAUCGACCUUUUUUAAAUUGCCCCAGCUGUCCUUACAUGUCAUUUACUUGCAAGGGUUCAGGGCUAAAGGCCGAUAAAAGCUGCAGACGGACUGAGUCAGCAGCUUAUUGGCCCGUGUGGCCGCCCCCGAUGGAUAUCUGGCCAAAAGUCGGGCAGAUGGCGAUCGUGCAGGUUAAAAAAUCCCGUUGGAUCGUGGCCAUAUCUGUUUGUUGAUGCGGUUCCUUUGAUUCAACCGCCUGUUUGGCAUCCAUUCUGAUCUGAUCUUUGGGCCCACGAUAGAAUCAGCCCGAUAUCACACACUUCAAUGUGGGCAAUAUCGAGGAGAGAUCUGCUUGUUUGGCGACAUCGGAUCUUCCUGUGUAUAGUCACCUUUAGGUAAUACAAAAGGUUUUACUGCAAGUACUGACUGAAAGGGGCCCACUUGUUCUUCCCAAAGAAAGAGCUCUCUGGAAACACAGUGCAGGGUAUUUAGUUAGUACAUGUGUGGAGGAAAGAUAUUUGAAGAGAAUGCCAAAAUUAAGGAGAACGCUAGUAGCUCCCCAUCUUCUUUUCUGCUGAUUCACUGCACAUGCUCUGUGCUGCUGUCACUUACUGAGCUUAGGGACCCACUCACAAUAUACAGUACACAUAGAAUAGAAAUGUCACAAUAUAAGGCUGAUUAGUAAUUAAUACAGAUAAUUACUACAUGGCAGCACAGAAACCAGUGCAAUUGGCAUCAGAAUUUAAUAAUCAGCCCAAUUUAAAAUUACAGACCAACCUCAUUGAUAAUUAGUGACGAGCCCUAAGCUUAGCUUCUCAACAGCUGCUCAGAGCCCACUGAGCAUGUGAGUGUCACAGACACUUUCCAAGAUGGUGACCCCCUGUGACAGGUUUGAAGUCCUGGAUCAUUGCUGCUAUUGACAAGCUGAAACUGUAGGUUGGUACAAUAAGUUCACUAAAUAAAAUAUGGCAUUUUUUUGCCAUAUUCAUUUUUAGGGUUUAGUUCUCCUUUAAAUGCCAUACUACCCCUCAUUUCUUCUUUCAUUUGUUACAUUUCUGCUUUGCUUUUUCCACCUGCCCCUCCUAUUCUUCAUCAGCUGCCCCUUGCCAUGUAAUGCAGGGAGUUAUAGCUGGGGGCACAAAGUGAGGAACCUUGCUAUAGCCAUGCAGCCUAUUAUUCAGUUUCUCAUUGGUGGGGGUUGGGUUAUACUGCUUACUCUGUGAGUAUUUGUAAUUGAACUGUGGCUACAAAAUUAAAAGAUUUUGUUUUUCA